ACUUAUUGUACUAAAAAUAUAUGCUUAGUGCACUUGAAGAUGUUUUAUUUCACUUGAUUUCUUCAGUCUACUUAUCUUGACUGCCGAUAACCAAUCAUAAAAAAUCCAUAUCUUCUUUUAUUAAGAGAGGUUUAAAUUCUUUUAUCACUUCGAUACUUGACAUACAACAGUGAAUCAAACCAGGACUGAUAACAUUGAACAAAACAGAUUCUUUAUUAACAGCACAUUAAACAUGGACACCAGAUCAACUUCUUCACUAUAUGAAGGAUCAGAUAUUAUUCUGGAAUAUUGUUGUUCCACCUGCGAAGAGGGCGGGAAGAAGAUUGAAGCUGAAUGUUACUGUGCCAAGUGUGACAAGCUAUAUUGUGACAAAUGUAUUCCAUUACACAAACAGCUUUUUACAGCUCAUGAAGUGCAUGGAAAGGGGGAAUUGAGCGUGUGGCCUCUUGGACAAAAGGCACGAAGUAUCCUAGAGAAAUGUAAAAGACACAAAGAUGAGAAAGUGAAUUUUUUCUGCGCGAACCACAAUCAGCUUUGUUGCAGUACAUGUCUUGUCAGUCAUAGAAAAUGUGUUCAUGUAUCUGAAAUAAAGGAUGUAGUAGCAACACAGCCAAUAAAUGUCCAACAACUGUUAUGCAACAUCCAAAUGCUUUUGGAACAGCUGCGAAGUGUGCACCAAAAUAUCAAUUGCAGCAUUCAGAAUAUUCAAGAUUCUUAUAAUGAACAGGCUAACAAAAUAAAAACAGUACGCCAAAAAAUCAACUGUGCUUUGGAUAAGCUUGAGGCAGCCUCUAUGAAAGAGCUGAAUGAUCAAAUGGCCAGUUUGAAGGCUGCAAGCUAUAAUAUUGAUGACAAAUGCACCCAUCUUCAGUCUGAGCUGAUUAUUAUUCGGGACAUGAUACAAGAUGUUGGUGAUGGGGAUGAACGCAAGGAACUAGCUUUUAUUGCAUGCCAAAAAGGGCUUGAGAAGAUUGAACAAUCAGAAUUGUACCUCACAUAUAAUUCUGUGAAGACUGAAAGUUACUUUAAAUUUGACUUAAAUACCGAGAUUGAGCAGUAUUUAAGUGAACUGUCAAGUCUAGGGAGAGUUGAGACUAAGCAGACAAAUUCAACACAAAGUACGGCAAACCAGGUUAUUACAAAGACUGAGAUUACCCAAGUAAGGGUGCUUACAACAACUGAUAGCAGUCAGUCAUAUGAUAUAAGAGGAGUGUGCAGUCUUCCUAAUGGUCAGAUCAUAGUUUCUGACUAUGAAAACAAAAGGAUAGUACUGUUAGACCAGCAAUAUGAGAUGUUCAAUCACUAUGAUCUUGCUGCUUUUCCAAAGGAUAUGUGUUUUAUUACUCCACAUAUUUUCGCUGUUGCUGUGGAUUGUGAUAACCUACACAAGGUGCUGUUCCUUUCUGUAACCAACAGAAAGCUUGACCAAGUCAGUCAAAUCGAGCUACAACACAGUAGUACCGGUCUGGCCCACUACCUUGGCAACCUGUUUGUUGCUUCUGGUACUGCACUUUACCAAUACACUCUGACUGGGACACAAAUCAAAGAGCUGUAUGUCAACCAUUCCAACACCCACACUGUGUACAAGUGCGCUCUAAGCCCAAGUGGAGACAAGAUCUAUGUGACCGAUUUAUCCAACCACACCAUUCUAACCCUAGACAGGGAUGGGAAACUACUGCGCUCAUUCUCUCACCCUGAACUACAAGGCCCAUCCGGUAUUCAUGUGACAAAUGUAGGACAACUGUUUGCUUGCGGAUGGGGAUCAAACAUUGUCAUACAGCUGGACACUGAGGGCAAGAAAAUGCUUGAUAUCCUCGCAACACCCAGUGAUGGAGUCAGGUUCCCGUUUUCACUAAACUAUAAUUGUGAAACUGAUACCAUUCAUGUGGUUCAAAGAGGAAAUAAGAACAUGCUUGUGAUCAAAUUAACAUGUAAAUAAUACCAAUGGUCCAAGAAAAACAAGCUUUUAUCGUAUAGUUUUAUAAUUUUGUUAAAUGUUUCUGCUUUAAACACUUCUAUUUCCUUUGUGAUCCCACUGUAAAGUGGUAACAAUGAUCAAAUAGUCAACAAUUUUCACCUGCAAUUUGAACCCAUACAGAAUUGUUAGGUAUAUGAUUUGUACAUGCAAUGUGAACCCAUAUGGAAUUGUUAAUUAUAUGCUGUGCACAUGCAAAUAUGAACCCAUAUUUACAUUUAUGUGAACCAAUAUAGAAUUGUUACAUAAUUACAUGAUGUUUAGAUGUUAUGUGAACCCAUGUAGAAUUGUACAUAAUUAUAAAUUAUGCUGUGUACAUGCAAUUUGAACCCAUAUAGCAUUGUUACAUAAUUUUAUGCUGUACAUGCAAUGUGAACCCUCAUAAAAUUGUAACAUAUAA